AAAAACAAUCACCCUUUAAUUUAAAUAUAAACAAUCACCUCGUAGCAUUACGAUUGUAAACCACGACUGAACACUGACUGACUUUGAGCUGAGCUGCUGUGAGCUGCAGUCAGCCUCCGGCGGUCGUGUGAGGCGGUGCUUGUGCGUCUGUGCUCUCGGGAAAAGUGCUUUACGAAGAAAUUUACGCGCUCUUAGUCUCACGGAAUUUAUUAUCAAUGGCGAUGUUUGUUGCGGCGUGCCUGUGGGUGGCGCUGGUAUGCGCGGCCGGCGUGAGCGCUAACAAUUCAACGCUGGACACGUGCGCGUUGGACGCGGGAGUGCCAGGGCCCUGGUCCGCGCUGCUCGAGGAGUGGGCGGUCUCCGCGCCCCCUUACAACGUCAGGCAAGGACGCAUUAUGGCGCUGCCGCCGACAAAAGGAUACUACGUGUCUGAGCGCAUCGACGGGCCCCUAAUGCCCCCGCCACCGCCUCCCCCGCCGCACGGACCGCCCGAUGACCACAGGCCCCCCGGCCACCACGGAGGCCCGCUACCGAGGCCGCAGGGCCCCUCCGGGGCAUAUGAAGAUUUGCCCCCCGACGUCUACCCGCCGCGUGCGCCGGGCGGAGGCAUGCCUCCGCCACCCCCUGGUCCUCUACGACCACCUCCCAGCUACAAUGAGUGGGAGCCCCCCGCGGCGGGAGGCAAAAUCGUGAAUAGGCCCAACGCAUACGAUACUUUCAGGCCUAGCUACCCUGUGCCGCCGCCGCCGAACUACCGUCCGCAGCGGCCGGCCGCGGACCGCGUGGACUCGCCGCCGCGCAAGCAGGUCUCCGAGACCGACCUCUACCUGCUGGGCGCAAUCGAGAAGCUGGUCUACCGCGUCGACCUCAUGGAGAAGCGCCUACGCAGGAUGGAAGAGAACGUGCACUACCUGGUCGCCGGCGUCGACGCCAGACCGGAGCCAUGCGCGGCUAACUUCACGCGCGUGGGCGGCGGCUGCUAUCACUGGUCGGCGCAGGCGCUGGACUGGAAGGGCGCCAACCUGGCUUGCCGCAAGCUACGUGCGGCGCUGCUCGAGUUGCCCGACCCCACCGCCAAGCGGCAAAUGCUCGCCGCCGUGCUCGCCGACAAACAUCUUAGAGGUGACGACUUCUGGACGGGUGGUCUGAACCCCGGGCUGCUGUGGAUCUGGUCGCACUCGGCGCGACCGGUGGAGGGCAACAGCACCGGGGGCACCAAUGGCACCAGUAUCGUGGGCGAGGGGCGGUGCCUGGCACUAGCGCAUGACCCCGCCGGCGGCACCUACGUGUACCGCGGACGAGACUGUGCGCUGCGCCAGCGCUACGUCUGUCAGAAGGAGGACGACAAGGAGAAGCUCGGCAACGACAUACAAAGAGCCGCUCGGAUUCUUAAAUCAUUGGACGAGAAAAAGGACAUCAAAAUCUUCUGGAACAAUGAUUAACAUAAGGAACACUUGUGUUGCAGUCGUAGCAAAUAUCGUCAAUUUAUCACAGAUGUGGAAAAAACGUUAAAUCCGCCUGAUUGAUAGACAUUUGUAAAGAAAGACAUUUGACUAUAUUACGUUUAAUGAGCGAAAAGUUCUGCAUCGACUCCAGUACAACUGCGGUGAUGUACUGACUCCGCGGAUUUACUUCUGUGUAUAGAAACGUAAUCAAAUAUAUAGAAUUAAGAGGAUGUAUGUUUGUAUCGAAUGGAUGGAAAUUAUUAUUUAAAUUAUAUUUACGAGCAAAUUCUUCGCGAAGCAAUUGUGUAAAAUAUGUGUAUUGCUGAUAAAGACUGAAAUUAUAUUGCAAAUAAAAGAAAACACGUGUUUUGUAAUAGCUUAUAAUUCUAUAAUAUUUACAAAGUUAGAUAAGAAUCACAACAAAGUAACUUAUACAAAAUAAAUAUAUUUAUAUAGAGGUGUGCGAGCGGCGGCCACGUGACCGACGAGCACUCGCAUUGCUUUACAUUGACUUCCUUACUAACAUCUAACUCUGACUUUGAGGUUAUAAAGCGAGUGUUGUUGCUGUGGCCGCCAGACACACACCACGUGGACUCUCACAAACUAACCUCUCUAUAUGAAAAGUACAUAAAGCAUCUAGCCUUUAAGUUGGCACGUCGGGAACGAGAGUUCUUUCAAGUCCAACGUGCCAACUCAAACUCCGGAUACUACUCAGUCGCGAGUUACUUUGCGAGAGUUCCAUCUUUCAUCGUAUGACAAGAAACAAGUUAAGUAUGAAAGUGAACCCCAUCAAGAAUGCGGUCGAGGCGAUUUUUACCUCGUUAAGAUUCAUUUGAGACGGAUAAUUAAAUAAAAAAGCACAUCGGCCGCAUUCUAUUCACGCUACAAUAUACAAAAUGUACACAAACUCCUGUCACACAAACACACAAACACACAAACA